AGUGAGUGUGGGCCAGGGGUAGGCCCGCAAGAGUAGGAGGCGUUGGGGGAGCAGGUCUGAGAGUCGAAGUGUCCAGCAAGAAUUGGAAGGCGCAGGAGACAGCGAGGAUGGGCCCAGGAGCAAUGGCAUCCAAAGAGGGACAAGCAGUAAGAAAUCUCAACGUGGAAGAUGCCCAACAGGAAAACGAAGGAGGGGGCCAGGUCCCUUUGCAGGGAGAGGAAUCACGCGAUUUGGGAGGGGGCGGAGGCCAGAAGCCGGGAGGAAGUGUCAGGCUGGGACGGGUUAGACGACGUGUCCCUAAUUUUAGAUGGGCCAUACCCAGCAGGCAUGCGGAUCACAGUGAAAUGCGGGGUGAUGUAGAGAAGCGCGUAGGGCAGAUGAUGGAAGUCAGGAGGAAGACUCAGAAGCAGCAAAUGAGGCAUCGUGUGCACUACCAGACUCCUGAACCUGGCAGGCAUUGUGAGUUUUGCCUUAUACCUUGAAUCCUAAGAGUUUCCCUGAGGUUAAUAGUGUGGCCUCUGCUCUACACGCUUGUAGUUCCGUGAUUUACUUUUUUCUGUAAACCUUUUGGUGUUUCCACUUACCGGUUUCUAUUGUUUUGUCUCAGUGUAAAACUUUCUCUCAGCGGGGCAGGU